AAGUGCUAUCAGUUAAUGACCAUCCGAAAAUAUCUUCAAAAAAGCAUAGCUUCAAACAGUCAUUAAAUUUCCUGCAUCAAGAGUAUAUAGUUGCAUGCUUUGUAAGUAAUCAAGUCAAUCUUUAUUACCGUUAG